AUGAUCGGUCAAAUACAAAUGUAUGCAACCGUACAACUAGCAGAAACUGUGUUACAACAGUUGACACAUGAGUUACAGAAUGGUGAAAUGGAUACACCAACGUCGUCAAGCUAUUCGCCGGUCAGCAAUAUAUUAAGCAUGCACGACGAUUCAUCUGCACGUGAUGGAUUUAAUCAGCCUAAGGAUGAUAUUUUAGCUAAGGCACUAGAUCAUAUGGACGGAUCUGACGAGGUUCGCAACCCGCAGGCGUGCGACGUAAACGAUGGGCCUGAUUUUUUCUACCAAUUCAGGACGAUAUCACCACCACAACCUUAUCCAACUUACACCGAUCAUCCAGUGCCAUCACACAAACGAUCUCAUUCAACCUUCGCCUACCAUCCGACGCCAGUACGUGAUGUUAAGCGACGUCUAUUUUAA